UCAACCUAAUCGGACUUCUCUAACUAAGUCAGUGACCAUUAGAAAGGAAGGAGUCUCUCGCUCCGCCCACUGACCAACCCUCGAUGUCUGCCCCACUGGCCACAAGUGAGACCCAUUUAAAGUUGGUGUGACAUAUCAAAGUGCAAUACUUUGAGGGAGAGAAGUUACAGGAAGUCAAUAGGUUAGGUUUUACUCUCCGUGGUUGUGGUUGUGUCAUCGUGUCUACAAGCAGAGACUGCAGCUGAUGAAGCAGAUGCAAAGAUGGCUGUUCAGUACAGUGCAUCUACAGUGACAAACAUGGACAUGGACGACAGUAAAGUUGGCUAUAAGCAACUUUUUGGAGAUGGCAGCAAGCUCCAGUAUUCAGUGUAUGCACUGAGACACAGCCCUUUCAGGGCUGCUACAGUGGGUCUGGGGCUGCUCUGUCUUCUCCUGUUGGCUGGAGUCAUCGGUCAGAGUGUACACAACCAUAAAGUUGAGCAAGAACAUCAGAACAACCUAAAAGCCAUGAGUACUGAGAGAGAAAAACUACAGGGGGACCUGAAGACAGUGGAAAAUGAUAAAAAGAUUCUUGAGUUAGACCGCAAUCGGUUACAGACACUUAACGAUUUCAUAACCAAAAAGAAAGACCAGAUACAGAACAAUAAUAAUAUACUUAUGGAAGAAUCAAAUACACUUAAGCUUAGCCAAAGCCAGUUACAGGCCAGUAAUGCUGCUGUCACCAAAGAGUUGAAACAGAUAAAAGACACUAAUGAACAGUUGCUGACUAAUAACAAUGCCUUGACGGUCGCCAAAGACUUGUUACAAAGACAUUUCGAUACACUGCUCAAACACAAAAAUGAGGCACAGGCUAAUUAUGAGUCCGUGACCAAAGACAGGGAUAAUUUACAAAACAAAUUGAAUAAUGUGACCAGAACAAAGGAGCAGCUGCAGAUGAGUUACAACGACAUGAUUAAGAAGGUAGAGCAUUUGCAAGACAAAUACAACUUCACCACCAAUGAGAAAAAGAACAUAGAAAGCACUCACCAUAACCUGACGCUAUCAAAAGAGACCCUGCAGGCCACAUACAACGUGCUGGUGAAAGCCACAGACGACCUGCGCGCUUCUUACACAUCCUUGGUUCAGGAAAAGACCGAGCUUGAAAGCAGUUGCAAGUAUGCAACUGUGGAGCGGGACCUGUUGCAGAGGGAACGAGGCAACCUGACCGCUGAGAGAGACGAGCUGCUGGCUGAGAUUGAGAAACUGAAGAAAAUAGCUUCAGCGAGGAAGUGCCCCACUGGCUGGAGGAAGUUCGAGAACAGCUGCUACUACACCUCAACUGGCAGUAAAAACUGGACUCGGAGCAGGGAAUACUGCCAAAGCAAAGGCGCAGACCUGGCAAUCAUAAAGAGCCAAGCAGAAAGGCGCUUCAUCAAUGGCUUGUAUACCAGUGAUAAAGAAGUCUGGAUUGGACUGACUGAUGAAGGAGUAGAAGGGCAAUGGGUAUGGGUAGAUGGGACACCACUGACCACAGCGUACUGGGAUAAAGGCCAGCCCAACAGCUACAAAGGGGGGAACCAGGACUGUGUGGAGUUCUGGCACCGUGCCACAGGGGACGGCGACUGGAAUGACGAGAACUGCAACUUAGACCAAAAUUUUAUCUGUGAGAUGUAGUUUUCCUGUACAUGCUGGCCACUGUCUGGUACUAAUGAUCAUUAUGCAAUAUCUGUUAUUUUUAUAGGACCAAUUUACACACAAUGACGCACAGCAUUGCCAACAGCUUAAGCUUGAAAUGUACUGUUUUGUGAUGAGUAGUGUUUUAUCAGGUUAAGUUUAUCAGAUGGCCUAUCUUGUUCUGGAGCAAACUAUCUUGAUGUGGAACCAGCUGGCUUCAAAGGGGACUGAGAAACCUGUACAUAUUGUAGAAACAAUUAUUUGAUGGCGAUUAAUCAAAAAAUGUGUCUUCUGGCUCCAGGCCCUGGUCUGCCAACAGCUAAAAGAGAGGCAAACAUGGUGAAAGUGA